AUGGCUCGUCGUUUAAAUCAGUUAAGAAAAUCGACUCUUUCUACUCACGAACACUUGACAUGUUCAUCAAGUAUUCUCUCCUCGUCAUCACCCCGCACACCUGGAAAGAAAGCGAUCAAAGGUGAUCCAAUUAUUACUGGUAUUCGACUUCGUCCAUUUCUCGAUCGAGAAUCUGCUAUUGAUGAUACACCAGCUGUUCAAAUCUUCGAAACAAAUGUUAUCUGCACACAGAAUGGUCGACCACAAAUAUUCAAAUUUACCAAUUGUUUUGACUCAUCUGCUAAUAAUAAAAAUGUUUAUGAUGGAAUGAUUCGAUCAGCAGUACUUGCUUCUUUACAAGGUUAUAAUACGACAGUCUUAGCCUAUGGCCAAACAGCAUCAGGAAAGUCUCAUUCAAUCUUUGGGUCGUCCAAUGAAGAAGGAAUUCUUUCCUUGAGUAUUGAUCAUUUAAUCACAAUGAAUGGCAAUCAUCAUUUGAAAUUUGAAUUAAGUUUUCUGGAGAUUUAUAACGAAAAAGUCACAGAUCUGCUUGCUACACCUGCAGUUUCAACUGAACCCUCAACAACGAAAUCAUCAUCAUUUUCCAAAAACGCUCGUACACAUAUUCUGAACAAAUUUGCGUGUAACUCGACACGAACAUUAGAAAUUCGCGAACAUCCACUACUUGGACCAUAUGUGCCAGAUCUUAAAUAUAUUCAAGUGAAAACAAAAGAAGACUUUCAAAAUGUAUUGAAUUUAGGAAAUCAACAGCGAUCAGUAGCAUCAACAAAUGCGAAUCAACGUUCAUCAAGAUCACAUGCCAUAUUUUCUGUUAAAAUUAGUCGCAAUGAUGUUCCACAAUCGACAGCGAAACGUCUAUUGUUUGAAUCGAAUUCGACGUCGAAUGGCAAAAACUCGAGUUUGUCAAAUGCAAACAAUAAGAAAAGUGUUAAACAACAAGCAUUGGAUGAAUUGGAAGAACAAUCUGUACGAUUNAUUUCCAACAUGUUUAUCCGUCAACAAUUACAUUUGUCACUUUAG